ACAUUCAAUACGUUCAACACCCAUUUAUUGUUGCCGCAAUCACAACACACAACAUGUCGUGCCAGAGGAAAACUAGGCUGUGGGACCCCAUGGCCAAAGAUGUCAACUACAUGAAGACUGCCACUCAAGAAAUGCUAGAAGAGGGGGCCAAAGUGCAGAGAGCGGUGCGUUCAGUAGAGCGCAAGCUGGUCAACUUUCAGUCAUUCAACAUGGAUGAUCCCCGUUAUGGUUCUGCUGACAUUGAAGAUGAUCUGGAAUUGCCUCUGGUGACCAGCUACAUGCGCCACUACUCCCAGCCUUAUCCCUCGCGCCUCAAGGCCCUGGCGCCGAGGGCCGAAACUCCUGAUCCCAUGUUCAAUCGUUUGCCCAAAAACGACUUUGAAGCCAAGACGGGACUGGCCUACAAGUUCCUCGAUGAUCACAUGCACAAUGUGUCCGAGGUGCGCAGGAAAGUCAACUUUUUCAGGCAACUGCGAAACCAAUCAUUCUUUCAAUAUUAAUCAUGACUACCAAUGGACUGCGGACCCUCCAUCACUGCAUCAGUCUUCGUUAUUUUAAUUUAUAAUUUAUAUGUGCCAUGGGAAAGUGGUCGAACGCAAUGUGGAAGGGGAAAUAACAAUGUGAUUUGGUGAUCAAUUUGCGGCAAUUUGGCCAAUCAUCAGUGGAGGCACGCCACAAAGUUCCCAUUUUGUGCCACAAUUAUAAAUUACCCGUCAUUACUGGGGAGCCCAAAGUUCCCAUUUGUCUGCUGAUUUCUCAAGGAAAAUGUGUCAAUUGCCUGCCUUUUCUGGUUUUCCAACAUUUUCAAUGGAAAUCAAUUAAUUUUGCAUAAAUAAACUCGAUUGUCAGCGUGGUCGGCA